AUGUUCAACAAGUCGCUCCUUCUCUUCUGCGCGAUGGCCGCCUCGGGUGCGCUUGCCGCCCCGCUCCUCCCGCGCCAAGCCGCGGGGUGCAACGCCGCGCAGACGCAGGCGCUCGUCGCCGACGUCGCCGCGCAGGCCGCCGUGAUCCGCUCCAUCGGGUUCGUCCUCCCCGACCCGAUGCGCCGCACGCCCGCCCAGGCAGCCACCUUCGAAACCCUGCUCGCCGCGACGAAGGCCGCGUCCGCCGCCGCCGCGCGGAGCGACUUCGCGGGCGCGGGCGCGCAGCUCGCGGCCGUGCAGCGCACCGCGGACGGCCUGCUCGACGGGCUCCUCGGCGACGGGCUCGAGAGCAGCGAGGACCUCGCGCUGCUUGAUAAGACCGACAAGGCGCGCAGGGCCGUCGCGGCCUGCGCUGGCGGCGCCGCUGCUCAGGAUGUCGAGGCCGACGACGUCGAAGCUGAGGAGGAAGAGGCCGAGGGCGACGACAUCAUCGCUGUGACCGACGGCUCCGAGCUGGAGGCGCGCCAGGAGGAGGUCGUCGAGGACGCCGAGACCGAGGACGUCGAGGCGACCGAAGCCGAAGACGAGACUGAGACCGAGACCGAGACCGAGACCGCCGGCGAUGCCCUGGCCGACGCUCAGGCCGCCGCCGAGGCCGCCGCCACCGCCGCGGGCGCCGCCGCCGGGGACGUCCUCGCCUCCGCCAAAGCCGCCGCCGACGCCGCGGCCAAGGCGGUCGCCGGCGCAUGCGACGUCGCGGGGCUCUCCGGCGCCCUCUCCGGCGUGUCGCAGGCCGCGGCCGUGAUCCGCGGCAUCGGGUUCAUCCUGCCCGACCCCGUGCGCCGCAGCGACGCGAACCGCGCCAAGUUCGAGCAGCUCGUCGCCGCCGCCGCCGCCGCGCGCGCCGCCGCCGCGGGCAACAACCUCGGCGGCGCGAAGGCCAAGCUCGCGGAGGUGGACGGGCUCAUGAACGCGGUUAUCGGCGACCUCGUCGGCGACGGGCAGGCGAGCUCGGAGGACCUGGAGCUGCUGAAGCAGAUUGACGCGGCGAAGAAGAAGGCGGCGACGUGCUAG